AUGGCUGAGAAGGAUAUCAUUUGCAUUGUCUCUUCGGGGUACAAAGCGGUAUUUUUGAAGAUUAACUCCUCAACCACCAUCCUGGAUCUCAAAUUUGAUGUGGCAGAGAGGUUAGGUAUUCUAUAUGAGUCAUUAAUUCUGUCAUACGAAGAUGAAACAGCUGGAAGCUUGAAAUUUCCUAUUGAGAACGAGGGGGACAUGAUGUCUAUGGUGGAGCAUUGCCACAAUCUUGGACUGAAAGAGGUUCACAUGAAAGCUGAUGAUUUGCAGAAUAUACACUGCAAUGAGCGAGUCCAACCUUGCAAAGAGCAAGUCCCACAAGACAUCGCUUCCAGAAGUCUAAACUCGAAAAGUAUAGACUGUGGCCCGCCGGAGUUGUCGUCCACAACUGUUGCAGAUAAGAAUCCCAAUGACAUUCCUUCAAGAGAUAAUGUUAUGAUGAUUGAUGACAUGAUUAGCAGAUCUGAGAGGAUUCCUGCUUGGUGGCACACUGCGUUAACUGGGGAGGGGCAACGUUUUGAAAGUGCGAAGGAGUUAAGAUUGGCCUUGCUAUACUACUCCAUGGCCAAAAAAUUCGAAUAUGAGUUUGUGAAGAAUGAACCAAAGCGUAUUCGAGUUUUUUGCCGGUUUAAGGUAGCCAAAAAUUGCCCAUGGAUGUUAUUUGCCUCUCCGCCGAAAAAUGAUAAUAGACUUGAAAUAAAAAGGUUCGUGGACAUUCACAACUGUGGACAACAUGCCAAUAAUGCAGGUCAAUCUAGAGCCUCUCGUCAUUUCAUUGCUACCCAAUUACAACCCACGUUGAAGGUACGUCCGGAUAUACGACCUAUUGACGUUCAGAAGGAGUUUCUAAGUUCAUAUGGGAUUAGGGUUGAAUAUAGUAAGAUUUGGUGGGGUAAAGAAAGAGCUCAAGAGCGAUUAUAUGGUGAUGCUUAUGAGUCCUACGAUCAAUUGAGAUGGUAUGUAGACGAGGUUAAGAAGACAAAUCCGGGAAGCUACAUUCAUGUUGAACAAGACGAGGGUAGGUUUACAAGGAUAUUCAUCUGCUAUGCGGCCUGCAUAAAUGGUUUUUUACAAGGUUGCAGACCACUUAUAUUUUUGGAUGGAACCUUUCUGAAAGAUCGAUUCAAAGGUAUACUAUUAAGCGCCGUGGCAUAUGAUGGCAAUCAGGGGAUAUUUCCAUUGGCCUAUUGUAUCUGCGAUCAAGAAAAUAAUGUUAACUGGAAGUGGUUCCUACAAGGUCUGUGGUCCAUUCUCUAUGAAAGGGCAGAUCCAUACAACCCUCCACAUAAGCUAGUGAUAAUUUCAGAUGCGGAUAAAGGGAUCAGAGAAGCAGUUAGAGAAUUUUUUCCCGAUUCUAUACACUCUCGCUGUGUGCUGCAUCUGGUCGAGAACUUCAGAACAAAGUUGAAGGAUUUGGGAUUCAAGUCAAAGGAUUCUCAGAUCUUGGGUAAUCUACUGCAAUCUGCCUGUUACAAAUAUACUAGAGCAGAAUGGAAUGAUUAUAUGGACGACAUCAGACUAAUUGACGAGCGUGCAUACAAUAUUGUGAUGAACUAUGCUCCAGAAAACUGGGCCAAUGCGUUUUUUCCUGGAGUUAGAUAUGGUCACGUUACAUCAAAUGUUGCAGAGUCAUUCAACAAAUGGAUUCAUGAGGCAAGGCUUCUACGGAUACUCCAACUGAUAGAGCAUAUUCGUAAACAGAUCAUGGUGCGCAUGAAUGAGCGACGAGUCAUGGCUGAAAGUUGGAAUCAAGUUCUUUGCCCCAAAGCUGAAAUUGCCCUCAAGGAGAACAUGGACAAUGGACGCCCGUUGGAGGUUCGUCAGUCCCACACAGGCUUAUUUGAAGUACAAUCCCAUAGAUCUUGUCAAGUGGAUCUAGACAAUAAAACAUGCACUUGCCGUGGGUGGGAUGUAACCCGUGUCCCUUGCAAACAUGCAUGCGCAAGCAUUAUGUUUAUGAAAAGGGAUGUCUACCAAUUCUGUGACUGGUUUAUGACGGUUGACGCCUUUAAAAGGAGCUACGAGCCUAUCAUCUACCCUAUACCUGACUACGAGAAACGCAGCGUGCCAAGGGAUGAGAUACAGAUCCUACCUCCAAUUACAACAAAAAGGAAAGGGAGAAAUAAGACCAGGCGAAUCAACAACAGAACUGUUUACACCCGGCCAGUUAAAUGUUCUCGGUGUCAUCUGGAAGGGCAUAAUCGUAAAACCUGUAAUGAAACCAUCGCUGACUAA